UAUCAUUGACAAUAGUUUCUCUAUAUUCCUCUUUUCUUCUCCUUAAAAUACCCAAAACACUAAAAAAGAGAAAAUCAGGAAAAAUCUUAUGAAUCAUAUGUACUAGUCAUGUAGUGAUUAUCAUCGACCAAGAAACCAAAAAGAGCCGAUCGAAUCCAUGGCUAGUCCGAGCAACAAAGGAAAAGGCAUCGCAGAAGGAUCGUCCUCUCAACCACAACCGCAACAACCACAAUCACCUCCUAACCCACCAGCGUUAAGCCGGUACGAGUCACAGAAACGGCGAGACUGGAACACGUUUUGCCAAUACCUUCGUAACCAGCACCCACCGGUUCACAUCUCACAGUGCGGUUCGAACCACAUCCUAGACUUCCUACAGUAUCUUGACCAGUUCGGAAAGACAAAAGUUCAUGUCCAUGGAUGUGUUUUCUUCGGACAAGUUGAACCGGCGGGACAGUGUAACUGUCCUCUAAAGCAAGCGUGGGGGAGUUUAGAUGCUUUGAUCGGACGGCUGAGAGCGGCUUACGAGGAGAACGGAGGGUUGCCGGAGAGAAACCCGUUUGCCGGCGGUGGUAUUAGGGUUUUUCUUAGGGAAGUGAGAGAUUCACAGGCCAAGGCAAGAGGGGUUCCGUACAAGAAAAGGAAGAAGAAGAAGAGGAAUCCUAUGAAGAGUGGAGAUGGUACUACAGGGACUAGCAGCUCCAACUUGCCAUCUUAGCAAGCAAACAAAAAACAUAAUAAAAACAAAUGUGGGAUUAAUUAAUGGUAAGCAUUUUAUUUUUCUCUAUAUUUAAUCUCUAUAAUUUUCAAUUAAUUACAACGUUUAUGAUC